UGAAGGUGUUUCUCACAGCUACAGAAUUUACACAGGGACAGAGUUAACUGAUCCCAGCAAACGGUUCCUUCCUUUUCAUAAUCCCUCACUGCUUAUUUUAGCCGCUUCUCCACCCCGCCAGGAAUACCAUCCAGAUCUUAGUCCAGGUAGAUCUGACGUCAAGAGAUGGCUUUCGUAGAUUUGACGUGUAAACACUCAUUUCCAUUCCAGCUGGGAAGGGCUGGGGCUCCACUCAGCCGGGAGACGAAAGAACUGCACUUAGCGCUCGCCACCGCCACCGCCCAGCUUCUCCUCGCGUCCCUCCUAUCUCCUCGCAGAGCAACCGGGCGAGAAGUGGUCCAGAGCCCGAGGGUGGAAGGAGUGAAUCUUUCUGGCUUUUUUCCUGUCUUGCUUCUUUUCCCCUCUGCUUCCCACUUCUGUGCAAGCGAGUGUGUCAGCUAUGGAGCGAAGAGCCUGGACUCUGCAGUGCACUGCUUUCGUUCUCUUUUGCACUUGGUGUGCACUGAACAGUGUAAAAGCGAAGAGACAGUUUGUGAACGAAUGGGCGGCGGAGAUCCCUGGGGGACCAGAAGCAGCCUCGGCCAUAGCCGAGGAGCUGGGCUAUGACCUUUUGGGUCAGAUUGGAUCACUUGAAAAUCAUUACUUAUUCAGACAUAAAAACCAUCCCAGAAGGUCUCGAAGGAGUGCCCUUCAUAUCACUAAGAGAUUAUCUGAUGAUGACCGUGUGAUAUGGGCUGAACAACAGUAUGAAAAAGAGAGAAGUAAACGUUCCAUUCUGAGAGACUCAGCACUACAUCUCUUCAAUGAUCCCAUGUGGAAUCAGCAGUGGUACUUGCAAGAUACCAGGAUGACUGCGUCCCUGCCCAAGCUGGAUCUCCAUGUGAUACCUGUUUGGCAAAAAGGCAUCACAGGCAAAGGAGUUGUUAUCACUGUACUGGAUGAUGGCUUGGAGUGGAAUCACACAGACAUCUAUGCCAAUUAUGAUCCAGAGGCUAGCUAUGAUUUUAAUGAUAACGACCAUGAUCCAUUUCCCCGAUAUGAUCCUACAAAUGAGAACAAACAUGGGACCAGAUGUGCAGGAGAAAUUGCCAUGCAAGCAAAUAAUCACAAGUGUGGGGUCGGAGUUGCAUAUAAUUCCAAAGUCGGAGGUAUAAGAAUGCUGGAUGGCAUUGUGACAGAUGCUAUUGAAGCCAGUUCAAUUGGAUUCAAUCCUGGACAUGUGGAUAUUUAUAGUGCAAGCUGGGGCCCUAAUGAUGAUGGGAAAACUGUGGAGGGGCCUGGCCGACUAGCCCAGAAGGCUUUUGAAUAUGGUGUUAAACAGGGGAGACAAGGAAAAGGCUCCAUUUUCGUCUGGGCUUCUGGGAAUGGAGGGCGUCAGGGAGACAACUGUGACUGUGAUGGGUACACAGACAGCAUCUACACCAUCUCCAUCAGCAGUGCCUCACAGCAGGGCCUGUCCCCCUGGUACGCCGAGAAGUGCUCCUCCACACUGGCCACCUCAUACAGCAGCGGGGACUACACCGACCAGCGGAUCACGAGCGCUGACCUGCACAAUGACUGCACAGAGACCCACACAGGCACCUCGGCCUCGGCACCCCUGGCUGCUGGCAUCUUCGCCCUGGCCCUGGAAGCAAACCCAAAUCUCACCUGGCGAGAUAUGCAGCACUUGGUUGUCUGGACCUCUGAGUAUGACCCACUGGCCAAUAACCCUGGAUGGAAAAAGAAUGGAGCAGGCUUGAUGGUGAAUAGUCGAUUUGGAUUUGGACUGCUAAAUGCCAAAGCUCUGGUAGACUUAGCUGAUCCGAGAACCUGGAACAGCGUGCCUGAGAAGAAACAGUGUGUUGUAAAAGAUAAUGACUUUGAGCCCAGAGCCCUAAAAGCUAAUGGAGAAGUUAUCAUUGAGAUUCCAACAAGAGCUUGUGAAGGGCAGGAAAAUGCUAUCAAGUCCCUGGAACAUGUACAAUUUGAAGCAACAAUUGAAUAUUCUCGAAGAGGAGACCUUCAUGUCACACUCACCUCUGCUGCUGGAACCAACACUGUUCUGUUGGCUGAAAGAGAGCGGGACACAUCUCCUAAUGGCUUUAAAAAUUGGGACUUCAUGUCUGUUCACACGUGGGGAGAGAAUCCAAUAGGCACCUGGACUUUGCGAGUUGCAGACAUGUCCGGGAGAGUGCAAAACGAAGGGAGAAUUGUGAGCUGGAAGCUGAUUUUGCAUGGGACCUCCUCUCAGCCAGAGCACAUGAAGCAGCCUCGUGUGUACACCUCCUACAACACAGUGCAGAACGACAGAAGAGGGGUGGAGAAGAUGACGGAGUCAGGGGAGGAGCAGCCCUUGGAAGAGAGCCUGAAGGAAAACCCCCUGAGUGCAAAAAGUGGCAGCAGCGGUGGUGUGGGAAACAGAAGGGACAAGCUGGCGGAGGGUGCCCCCUCCCAGGCCAUGCUGCGACUCCUACAAAGUGCUUUCAGCAAAAACUCACCACCAAAGCAAUCACCAACCAAGUCUCCAAGUGCAAAGGUCAACAUCCCUUAUGAAAAUUUCUACGAAGCCCUGGAAAAGCUGAACAAACCUUCCCAGCUUAAAGACACUGAGGACAGUCUAUAUAACGACUAUGUCGACGUUUUCUAUAACACCAAACCUUAUAAGCACAGAGAUGACCGCCUGCUGCAAGCUCUGGUGGACAUUCUGAAGGAGGAAAAUUAAAAUAAGUCUGUGGUCCUGAGUUGGAAAUAUUCAUGCUUCUUCCCCUUAGAUUUUGCCUGUGCCUGAGGUAGUUGUUUUUGUCAUUGAUUCUUAUGCUUAUAAUAUCCUUGGUGAUACUUUUCCUUUUUUUCCCCAAACUGGACAUUUGAAAGAGAUGGCCUCAUAUAGUAAAUCCAACUUCCUGAAUGGAUUGCAGCUCUUUCAAAGCAUCUCUUCUCUGCUGACACAAGUAAAGUGUUUGUUCUUUCUAGAGCCACAGUUCACACAUGGUCCUCAAACCACUUUAGACCAGCUUCUUGGUCCUUCCCAUUUCAUCUCUCAAAAGAAAAGUCAUAAACUGGGCAACAGAUUAAUUUAAAAAGUAAUCUGCAAGGAACGAGA